CACACCGUAAAAUCACACAACUGCAAAUACCGACAAGCUCUGGUACAAAAAACUACACGACUCUUCAGAAAAGGAGACAUUUUAACCAGAUGCAGGGCAAUAAAUGGCAAAGGAAGCGUGUCACCCACUGAGACACAUUCAGAUGUUAAAGCGUGUAAAGGAGGAGUUUGAGGGUCUGGUUUAAACUCGCUGAGAUCCUUUAACAUGUUAAUGUUACACGCGUCUGUCUGAGCUGUAUAUAAGCGAUCUGAGGACACGGAGAUGGACACACUUGCUGCUCUUGAAGCGACUGUCAGGAUGCGUGAAGAAACUGGCAAUUCACCAGUGCUGGGAAAAACCUCUUUUUCCAUCGCAGACAUUCUGGAUCCCUCCAAAUUCACAGGAAGAAUCAGGAGACGCAGAGAGACAUCAACACGCGGGAAAUCUCGAAUGACUGCAUCUGAAAACUCGGCAGAUUCAAACAUGCCCAGUGUUUCUGGUGCGAAGGGGAAAUCGAAGCGCAUCCGCACCGCGUUCACACUGGAUCAGCUGCGCAUCCUGGAGCGAAGCUUCCAGAACAGCCACUAUCUGUCUGUGUUUGAGCGCCACUGCAUCGCCACGGCCCUCCGUCUCUCCGAAACACAGGUCAAGAUCUGGUUUCAGAACCGACGCACCAAAUGGAAGAAGGAACAAGAAGGUCAAGGAGGAGAGGAGCAGAACCACUGCGCAAGUCCAGCGUUCACGCAAAACUCAUUCAUCUAUGCGCUGCCUGGACAUCAUGCAAAUCCUGUGCAUUAUUACACACCACAAACACCGUACCUGAACACACCUCACCAUCACCACACCCUCCUGAUGUUCUGAUCUUUGAACAUUUUAUCCUCUACUUCUUUUGGGAUGAGACCAGUAGACUGAGCUGAAGAAUCAAGAACUUUUUAAAUCUGUAAAUUAGAACCCUUGAAAGUUCUUGAAGAAUUUCCAUUGAAGAAAGUUUAUUUUAAGGAAUGAAAGAACACUAGCAAUAUAUUUAAUGUAAUAUUUAACUUUUUUAUAAUAAUGUCAUCUUUUUUUUUUUUUGCAUUAUUUUUUAUUUAUAAUGUCUUUAACAUUUGUAUUUUAAACACAUUUUA